AUGGAAUUGUCAAAUUUAUCAGUCGGGUUAAAUGCAGACUGUAAUGCUUCCGGUUCAUGUACAUGGUCUUUUGGUGAUGUUCAUGUUAUUGCGUCUGUUUAUGGGCCAAAAGAGGCAAAUAUGGCAAACGAAUUGACUCAUCGUGCUUACAUUGAUGUAACUGUCUCACCCGUUUCUGGCUUUCAUACACCUUAUGAGAGCGAAAUGGAACUUCAUAUAACUCAAUUGCUCGAAAGGCUUAUUGAAGUGAAAAAUUUUCCUCGAAAUCAGUUUAAUAUUCGUAUUCAAAUAGUUUCUGGCAUAUCCGGUCAUCCUGCUACUAUGGCAGCUUGUAUCAACGCGGUUUCAUUGUCUCUUAUGCAAACAGCAAUUCCUCUCACUGCGUCGGUAGUUGCUGUGUGCAGCUCGGAAGUAGACCCCAAGUUUCGUCCUGUGACUAUUUCAGUCGAUAUAGCAAAUCCCUCAAUCAGUGAGCCAACUCGUACUAAACGCGCUAGAAGUAAUGGGGAUGGCGAAAGUACGCCGGCAAUUUUUUCUGUUUAUUCUGGUCGAUUGAAUUCUCCCGUUUUCAAUGAAAAUGGGUCCUUAUCUUCUCAGCUUCUUUCCAUGACUAAUAACCUUGAUCCUCAAGGACUACUCUGUUCUAGAGCCCGGGAUCUUUUUGAAGUCAUGGCCGCCCAACUGACCACAAAUUUAUCCUAA